AUGUCAACGGUUUCUGGUCGCUCACGGCAACCCGAAGAGAAAAUCUUUGGAGGCUGGUUUAGUGGCCACUUUAGCGUCCUCUCCAAAUAGUCUUUGAGGAACCUCUCAAGUGAUCCCUCAAGUGUUUUCCAGUCUAUCAACUGUUUCCGGUCGCUCAAGCCAAUCAAAACAAUCUGCUCAUCAAGAUAAGACUCCCACUUCCCUUACGACGUGAAAACGAAACCGGAAACCUGGUUAUCUCAAUAAACACGGCGGGGGCCGUCAGCCGCAAUUUAAUACGAUACAUACAUUGAGGCGCGGCUCAUUAGUCGCCGCGGCGAAGAUUGGAGAGGGGAGGCGAGAGAGUGUGGGCGGCGAGGAGAGGCCAGAGACGACAGCUGACAGACAGCCGCGUAUCGAUCGUCUCUCGGCGAACGUGUGGCACCAAAGCGGUUACCGUAAUCCGGCUACAAAACUGCCAUGA